AUAUAAUGCCACAGAAAGAGAAGAGGGAAACCCAUUUUUCUUCUUCCUUCUGCUCUGUAUUCUUCCAUCUAUUGCUGCCCCUUAGUAAUCAUGAGUCCUAGUGCCAUCAUUACUACGAAAAGCCUCUCUCUUUGUCUCUCUCUCUCUCUCCCUCUUUUCUCUUUCUCAUUUUCAGAUACAAACACAAUAUCCCAGCUAUAUAACACUUGUUUUCUCUCCCUCGUUGGAGCACACAAGAUAACCCCUCUCUUUGAUCCCACAAGGGAAGAAAACCCUCUUUCUUUCUCUCGAUCCUAAAACAUGUGCAUGAACUCUUCAGAGUCGAUCCCAAGCCGUUCCCUGUAUUCCUUCUACCGGAAACGUCCUUCCAAGCGACAUAACGUUCUUGUUCGAAGACUCAACAGGUGGAGAAGGUUGAGGAAGGGAGCGGGAACAAAGAAGGUGGUCGUCGGCGUUCAAACAGAUAUGCAAAUGAAGAACUUGAAACUGUACAUGCAGAACCAAAGCAUCAUAGAAGAGAAUGAGAGGCUGAGGAAGAAAGCUAUUCUCCUCCACCAGGAGAACCAAAUCCUUUUGGCUCAGCUACAGAAGAAGCUCUCCAAUCCCCAAAAUUCCUCCCAAAAGUAGGAAACAACCCGCUAGCUCGCAUUAGUAAAUACUGUAAUACUAGUAGCAUAACACUAUAUGCUGAUGCAGAGAAUAUAGGAAGAAGAAUGAUGGACUACUUAAACCGGGGAAAGUGUUAGAUAUCUCAAAUCUCGUUCAUUUCUUUCUUGCGCUUGUUUUCAUUCCUCUAAAUUAAGUUUGUUUUUUGAUAGAUUCGGGUUGCAAAUAAGUUACCAAUAUCAACAUAGAAGAAGUUUAAUGUAAGAGUUUAGCAGCUUCAUGUAGUUUUCUUGCA